AUGCCAAUAGUUCAGUCUAAUAAGUUGUUUGCGUGUGGAUCAAAUGGUAAUGGACAACUCGGAAUAGGUACGUUCGAAGAUACUAACGUUCCUACAGCCUGCAAGUUUCUUAUAGCGAAUCAGGAACGUUACGUGAACUUGGAAUCAACAUUAGAUAGUUUAGAGACCAAGCCAAAAAUAAUAACAGGUGGGGGGAAUCACUCUGCCAUUAUAACGUCGUCUGGAGAAUUAUGGACGAGUGGAUUAAAUAAUGAUGGACAAUGUGGUGUCGCAUCAAAAGAAAAUUCUGAUAUAUUCAGGAAAAUAGAAGUGUUUGACGAACAUGAGAUAAGUCGAUGGAAAUUCGUAAGUUGUGGAUGGAAUUUUAGUUUAGCUGUUGAUAAAAAUGGAUACGUUUAUUCAUUCGGGAAAGGAUCUUUUGGAGAGUUGGGAUGUGGUGAGAAUGUAAAAGAGACGGGUGGAAGAGGAAUUAGAAUAAAAGGUGUUGAGGGGGUGGAGAAAGUUGUCUGUGGAUUAAGACACGUUGUAUGUUUGAAUAAGGAGGGAAAUUGCUUCGGUUGGGGAAGCAACAAAUUCGGACAAUUAACAAAUGUUGAUAAAGAAAAUGUAAUUGUUGAAACGAAUAAUAAAAGCGUGCGUAGAAAGAAGAAAGAAAAAUUAUAUUUUGAGCCUAUUAAAAUCUUUCAUGAUUUAGAUCAAAGAGUGAUAGAUGUGGCUUGUGGACAGUAUCAUACAGUGUUGCUGACCCAUGAUGGGAAAAUUUUUACUUUUGGGUUGAAUAAAUAUGGUCAAUUAGGAUAUGAUUCACCAGUUAAAGUUCAAUUUUCAGACAUUCCUAAAAAAAUCGAGCAUGGAUCAAUUAGCAGAGUUAAAAGCGUACAUUGUGGGUGGAAUAAUACUAUUGUGAUCUGUGAUGAUGGUAAAUUGUUUAUAUGUGGCAGGAAUGAUCAUGGACAGUGCGGAAAGGAUAAUCCCAAGAAUGAUGAUGAACGAACGAAUGUGACCGAUUGGAUCAACAAUCACGUUCCUUUAUACUAUUUACCACAGCAUUUGAUAUUAGAUGAUAAGUUCGAGAUUGAGGAAUGUGCGUGUGGAUCAGAGCACUCUUUGAUCGUUUCUAAACUAGGUGAAUGUUUAAGCUGGGGAUGGAAUGAACACGGAAAUUGUGGAGUUGGAGAUAAUGAAAACAGAUGGCAGCCUAUAAAAGUAAAGAUUGAUAAUGCUACGGUUAAGAUGGUAGGAGGAGGAUGUGGAAAUUCUUGGAUUUGGUUACAAAACGUGAAUAUGUAA